AUGAUCAGAGCUCUAAGUUAUAUGGUUCCUAGAACAGGUGCUUUGCCUGUUAGACCUGUUUACAGAUCUGUCGCCAAUGCAAGAUUUUACUCACAGGCCAAGAAUGAGAAUGCCCAGGAAGAACCAAAGCAAGAACAAGAGAACAAGAAGGAAGAACAAGGUUCUGAACUGCAAGAAUUGCAACAAAAAUUGCAAAAUAAAGAUAAGGAAGCUGCUGAAUAUAAGGACAGAUUGGUAAGAUGUGUAGCCGAUUUCCGCAAUUUGCAAGAAGUCACAAAGAAGGAUGUGCAAAAGGCUAAAGAUUUCGCCCUACAGAAAUUCGCCAAGGAUUUGCUAGAAUCUGUUGAUAACUUUGGUCACGCCCUCAAUGCUUUCGAUGCUGCUGAUUCCAAACAUUCUAGUGAAGUUAAGGAACUCUAUACUGGUGUCAAGAUGACAAGAGAUGUGUUUGAAAAGACUCUAUACAAGUACGGUAUCGAGAAAAUUGAACCAUUAGGUCAACAAUUCGACCCUAACCAGCACGAAGCUACUUUCGAAUUGGAUCAACCUGACAAGGAACCUGGUACCGUUUUCUUUGUGCAACAAGUAGGUUUCUCAUUGAACAGCAGAGUCAUCAGACCUGCUAAGGUUGGUAUCGUAAAAGCAAGAGAGUAA